GAAUAUAGAAGUUGUCAUCAUAGUCAUCAUUCUCUGCUCCCUAUUAAUAUUCUUCCCAGUGUUUCUACUGCGCUCUCUCUUGGAAAAAGCCAGCCCUUUUUCUCUCUCAACAAACUAAAGCAGAAAGAAAAAACACCCAGCAACCGCUUGCUUUUAUCAAGGCUAAGGUAAGAUGGCUGAGGGAGAGGAAAUUCAACCACUUGUUGUCGACAAUGGUACUGGAAUGGUUAAGGCUGGAUUUGCUGGUGAUGAUGCUCCAAGGGCAGUGUUCCCCAGUAUAGUUGGUCGCCCCCGGCACACUGGUGUCAUGGUUGGAAUGGGACAAAAAGAUGCUUAUGUUGGUGAUGAAGCCCAGUCAAAAAGAGGUAUUCUUACCUUGAAAUACCCCAUUGAGCAUGGUAUAGUCAGUAAUUGGGAUGACAUGGAGAAGAUUUGGCAUCACACCUUUUACAAUGAGCUCCGUGUGGCUCCAGAAGAACAUCCUGUCCUCCUCACGGAGGCACCUCUUAAUCCCAAGGCAAACAGGGAGAAAAUGACUCAGAUUAUGUUUGAGACCUUUAAUGUGCCAGCCAUGUAUGUAGCUAUUCAGGCUGUCCUUUCUCUGUAUGCUAGUGGCCGUACAACUGGUAUUGUUCUUGAUUCUGGUGAUGGUGUGAGCCACACAGUUCCUAUUUAUGAAGGAUAUGCCCUUCCCCAUGCCAUUUUGCGUUUGGAUCUUGCUGGUCGUGAUCUUACAGAUUACCUUAUGAAGAUUCUUACAGAGAGAGGGUACUCAUUCACGACAACCGCAGAACGGGAAAUUGUCCGUGAUGUGAAGGAAAAACUUGCUUAUGUUGCUCUAGAUUUUGAACAGGAGGCUGAGACUGCAAAGAACAGCUCCUCAAUUGAGAAGAGUUAUGAGCUACCAGACGGACAGGUGAUCACCAUUGGUUCUGAGAGAUUCCGUUGUCCAGAGGUUUUAUUCCAGCCUCCUUUGAUUGGAAUGGAAGCCGCCGGAAUUCAUGAAACGACCUACAACUCAAUCAUGAAGUGUGAUGUAGAUAUCAGGAAGGAUCUAUAUGGAAAUAUCGUGCUCAGCGGUGGCUCAACUAUGUUCCCAGGUAUUGCUGAUCGUAUGAGUAAGGAAAUAACUGCUCUUGCUCCCAGUAGCAUGAAAAUCAAGGUGGUCGCGCCACCCGAGAGGAAGUACAGUGUUUGGAUUGGAGGCUCCAUCUUGGCAUCCCUAAGUACCUUCCAACAGAUGUGGAUCUCAAAGGCUGAAUACGAUGAAUCCGGUCCUGCAAUUGUUCACAGAAAAUGCUUCUGAAGCUGGUUAGCAAACUUGGGAAGAGUGCGUUCUGGUGUUAAUUCUGGUCAAAUGAGAAAGCUUGUUGGUUGGUAGCUUGGAUUGAUUGGCUUGCAGUUUUGGUACAUUGUUAGACCAUACAUAGUAAUUGCUAUAAGGUUGUGGGCAUUUUAUUUUAGUCUUUUGACGUUCAAUGGAUUAGCUUUGCUUCCAUUACUUUGUGUAUCUUAUGAUAUGUGUUGGUUGAGGCAUUGGAAUGUAAACAUUAGAUGGCGUUGAAACCGAAAUUCAUAGA